AUGCUUCUUUCGGUGCAGGCAGAAUCUGCUUCUUGGGACUAUGCUCGACAGGGUGGACUAUGGGGUGAGCUUUGUGCUGGACAUUUUCAGUCGCCCAUCGAUAUCGAGCCCAAGAAUGCCCGACCCAGCGAUGUUCAGAUUCGGCUCAGCUAUGCUCCGUGGCGAGUCGAGGAUGUGAAAUGGGCCGGGAUUGACCCGGAUGGAGUGCCUCGCAUCCGCUUCAAGGACCGGAGCCAAGUGGGGAAGGUGCAAGUUGGUAGUGGCUAUCAUGACUUCGAUGAGUACUUCCUGUCGGCCAUCGAGGUACACGCGCCUAGCGAGCAUACUUUGCGACAAGCCAGCUGGGCGAUGGAGGUGCAGUUCUGGCACGAUCCAUUGCCUUUGGCACGUGCGGAUGAUUUAGUGCAGCACUCGCAAGAGAUCUUAGAAGAUCUGGACGAUGCCUCGAGCCGAAUCGCUGCUCUUCAUCGGGCUGAGGCGGAAUGGUUGUUUUUUCUUUUUGGAGCGUCUGAGUGCGCCACAUGUUGCAUUUGUGGAGGUUUUUGGAGCUCAAAGCAAGCUCUAGACUGGGUGGAUGCAGCCAAAGGAGACGUUUCGGCUGUCACUUCUCUUUUGAAGCAGGAUGCGAAGGUCGUCCUGGGCCAUACCAACAAGCUGCAAGACGAGGUCACAAGCGUCGUUGAGGCUCAGAACAGAAAGUAUGCUGGUCAUCGGGUGGUCUUGUCGAUGUUCGUGUUGCGCGCCUCACCGGUCUUCCUGGGGGAGAUGAACGGCACGGCCACAGCAUUGGUCAGGUGGCUCCACAAAGCUUUGGCCUCUGCCAGAGAAAAGGAUUCGGCCCCUUUGGAGUUGAAAGCCGUGCUGGGAGCUGGCACAACGCUCUAUGGUUACGAAGGCAGCGUUCCUCGUCCUCCCUGUACACCAAACGUCCGGUGGUUUGUGCUAGGGGAGCCGCAGCCAGCCGACAUCAAGCAGUUGUCAGUGCUGUUGGAAGAGACGGAACUUGCCAACUCUGUUCAUGGCAAUGCCAGACAGGUUCAACCCUUUGGGCCUUCUCGAAGGCUUCACAUGGUGAACAUGGAUUGGGAGGCAUUCAAAGCUCCAGCAAUCCCACAGCAAGAGACACUUUCCCCAGCGAGGCAAAAGAUAAUUGUGAUCGAGAGAUAUUGCAAGGUCUUCGUCCUUUGCUCCAUCUUCUUGAUUUGUACACCGGUGAUCUUCCGCAUUCAUGAAAGAUGUUCAUCUGAAGAAGAUGAGGCAAGAUGCGCAAUGUGA